AUGCUGCCGGAGAGUAGAUCUCCAAUCCCCGGGAACAUGGAGGACCACUCUGAACAGACCGGUUCGGAGUACCGAGCCCAUACCCAAUCCUCCAUGCAACAAUCCAGUUCUAGGGGUGAUAGACACCAGGCAGUGAUCUCAGAACCAUACAAUACCCAAGAAGUCCACCAAAACACAGAAGGUCUCAGCAACCUAGUUUCCAGCUCCAGCUCGACUGCUGGCUCUUCUUUGAAUAGCGACGAUGGCCGCUGGGGGGAGCAGGAAGCUGGCAGGGCGGUCUCCCGUACCGGUGCCAUGGAGGAUAUCGAGGAGAUGCGCCGGGAGCUCACUCGCCUCAGUCUGCACCGCACCCGCUCUGCCACCAAGGGCGGCCUGGGUCGCCUUAGGUCCCGUCCCAGUCAUCGUGACGAGGAAAAAGCCGAGGAAGAGUCCGAGAGUGAGGCUGAUGAUAGCUUCGACCUUGGUGAAUUCUUGAUAGGCGGUCACCUGGAACGCCGUACAACCGCUGGUGAACCUGCCAAGAAGGUCGGCGUUGUCUUCAAGAACCUCACCGUACAAGGCGUGGAGACCGGUGCCACCUUCGUACGCACUCUCCCCCAUGCUGUGAUUGGCACUUUCGGCCCGGAUCUGUAUAACCUUGUCUGUCAGUUUGUACCACAGCUGCGGUUCGGCAAGAAGCCUCCCGUUCGCGAUUUAAUCCAUGAUUUCAGCGGUGCCGUGCGCGAGGGUGAGAUGAUGCUGGUGCUGGGUCGACCCGGUGCUGGAUGUACCACUUUCCUCAAGGCGAUUGCAAACGACCGUGCCGCUUUUGCUGGUGUUCAUGGUGAAGUCAGCUAUGGUGGUCUCUCGUCCGAGGACCAGAACAUGCGCUUCCGUGGAGAAACUCUCAAGUUCUCAUUGAUCAAUAAGACCCGCAAGCAUGAUCGCGAAAGCAUCCCCGUCAUCAUCGAUGCCUUGCUGAAAAUGUUCGGCAUCAGCCAUACCAAAAACACCUUGGUUGGCAACGAAUAUGUUCGCGGUGUCUCGGGAGGUGAGCGCAAGCGUGUGAGUAUCGCUGAGACUCUGGCCACCAAGUCUUCGGUCGUCUGCUGGGAUAACUCGACUCGUGGUCUGGAUGCCAGUACCGCACUGGACUAUGCAAAGUCCCUCCGUAUCAUGACCGACAUUAGCAAGCGCACCACAUUCGUCACAUUAUACCAAGCUGGCGAGAGUAUCUAUGAGCUCAUGGACAAAGUCAUGGUCAUUGAUGAAGGUCGCAUGCUCUACCAAGGCCCGGCAAACGAAGCACGUCAAUACUUCAUCGACCUAGGCUUCUACUGCCCUCCGCAAUCCACCACAGCAGACUUCUUGACUUCGCUCUGUGACCCCAAUGCCCGCCAAUUCCAGCCCGGCCGUGAAGCAUCCACUCCCAAGACGGCCGAGGAAUUAGAAACCACUUUCAAGAACCAUCAAGCUCACAAGCGCAUCUGGGAGGAUGUCUAUAACUACGAACAGCGCCUCAAGGACACCGAACAGGCAGACACCCGUCGCUUCCAGUCUAUGGUCGCGCAGUCCAAGUCCAAGACCGUUUCCAAGAAGUCCCCAUACACCGUCUCGCUCGUAAGCCAGGUCAUGGCCUGUGUGCAGCGCGAGUUCUGGUUGCUUUGGGGCGACAAGACCUCCCUCUACACGAAGUACUUCAUCAUUAUCUCCAAUGCUCUCAUUGUCUCGUCUUUGUUCUACGGAGAAUCUUUGGAUACUAGCGGUGCCUUCUCUCGCGGUGGUGCUCUGUUCUUCUCUAUUCUGUUCCUUGGCUGGCUACAAUUGACCGAGCUGAUGCCCGCUGUCACCGGGCGUGGCAUCGUCGCUCGUCAUAAGGAUUACGCCUUCUACCGUCCCUCUGCUGUUUCGAUUGCCCGUGUCGUCGUCGAUUUCCCAGCGAUUUUCUGCAUGGUUGUCCCAUUCACGAUUAUUGUCUAUUUUAUGAGUGGUUUGGAUGUUUCAGCUUCCAAGUUCUUUAUCUACUUCCUGUUCGUGUACACUACCACCUUUUGUAUUACCUCGCUCUACCGGAUGUUCGCUGCGCUGUCGCCAACUAUCGAUGAUGCGGUGCGAUUUGCUGGUAUUGCGCUCAACCUCCUCGUUUUGUAUGUUGGCUAUGUCAUUCCCAAGCAGACGCUUAUCAAUGACUCCAUCUGGUUCGGAUGGUUGUUUUAUGUCAAUCCGCUCUCGUACAGUUAUGAGUCCGUCUUGACCAACGAAUUCUCUGAUCGUGUGAUGCAAUGCAACCCAUCUCAGCUCAUCCCUCAGGGUCCCGGGGUGGAUCCGAAGUACCAGGGCUGUGCCUUGACUGGAUCGACAUUAGGCGAGCCCUCUAUCACUGGAGCGCAGUACUUGACUGCCAACUUUCAGUUCACGCGCAGCCACCUCUGGCGUAACUUUGGUGUUGUCAUUGCCUUCACCGUGCUGUACAUCCUGGUGACGGUCGUCGCUGCUGAGGCCCUGUCAUUCGUUGGUGGUGGAGGUGGUGCUUUGGUCUUCAAGAAGUCCAACCGAUCUACCCACGUUACAUCCAAGGCCAACAACGCCAACGAUGAAGAAAAGAUUGCCAACAAAAAUGACAAUGCUGCUCUUGCCCGUGGUCAGGCAUCUUCUGGCGAUGAUGCUGCUUUCAACCGUCUGUCUUCAAGUGAGCGCUGCUUCACUUGGCAGAACGUUGAAUACACUGUCCCCUAUGGCAACGGAACACGCAGGCUUCUCAACAAUGUCAAUGGAUACGCCAAGCCCGGUGUCAUGAUUGCCUUGAUGGGUGCCUCGGGUGCUGGAAAGACGACCUUGCUCAACACCCUGGCCCAGCGGCAGAAGAUGGGUGUGAUAGGUGGUGAGAUGCUCGUCGAUGGCCACAAGCUGGGCCCCGAUUUCCAGCGUGGCACAGGCUUCUGUGAGCAGAUGGAUCUGCACGACAACACUUCGACCAUCCGCGAGGCGUUCGAGUUCUCUGCCAUCCUCCGACAGCCCCGCGAUGUCCCGCACCAGGAGAAGAUUGACUAUGUCGACCGGAUCAUCAACCUCCUCGAACUUGAGGAUAUCCAAGAUGCGAUCAUCGGCUCCCUCAACGUCGAACAAAAGAAGCGCGUUACCAUUGGUGUCGAACUCGCAGCCAAGCCCAGUCUUCUGUUGUUCUUGGAUGAGCCCACCUCUGGUCUCGACAGCCAGGCCGCAUUCUCAAUUGUUCGUUUCCUCAAGAAACUCUCUCAAGCCGGCCAGGCCAUCGUCUGCACAAUCCACCAGCCCUCAUCCAUGCUCAUCCAGCAAUUCGACAUGAUUCUUGCCCUCAACCCCGGUGGUAACACCUUCUACUUCGGCCCCGUCGGCCAAGACGGCGCCUCCGUAAUCAAGUACUUCGGUGACCGCGGCUUUGUCUGCCCACCCUCCAAAAACGUCGCCGAAUUCAUCCUCGAAACAGCGGCAAAAGCAACCCACCGUAACGGCAAACAAGUCGACUGGAACGAAGAAUGGCGCAACUCCGACGAGAACCGCGAAAUGCUUGCUGAAAUCGACCGCAUCCGCGCAGAACGAAGCAAAGUCCCCAUCGAGGAAUCCGGUCCGCAAUACGAAUUCGCCGCAUCGGCCUCAACCCAAACCGUGCAGCUCACCAAACGUCUCUUCAGAAACUACUGGCGUGAUCCCUCUUACUACUACAGCAAACUCUUCGUCUCCGUCAUCAUCGGCAUCUUCAACGGCUUCACCUUCUGGAUGCUCCCCAACACCGUAGCCUCAAUGCAAAACCGCAUGUUCUCCGUCUUCCUCGUCAUCCUCAUCCCCCCAAUCGUCCUCAACUCCAUCGUGCCCAAAUUCUACCUCAACCGCGCCCUCUGGGAAGCCCGCGAAUACCCCUCCCGCAUCUACGGCUGGGUCGCCUUCUGCACGGCAAACGUCGUCUGCGAAAUCCCCGCCGCCAUAAUCUCCGCCCUAAUCUACUGGCUGCUCUGGUACUACCCCGUCGGCUUCCCCACCGACUCCGCAACAGCAGGCUACGUCUUCCUCAUGACCAUGCUCUUCUUCCUCUUCCAAGCCUCCUGGGGCCAAUGGAUCUGCGCCUUCGCCCCAUCUUUCACCGUCAUCUCCAACGUCCUCCCCUUCUUCUUCGUCAUGGUCAACCUCUUCAACGGCAUCGUCCGUCCCUACGCCGAUUACCCCGUCUUCUGGAAAUACUGGAUGUACUACGUCAACCCAGUGACCUGGUGGUUCCGCGGCGUCCUCUCCUCCGUCCUCCCGAAUACCAGGGUCGAAUGCACUUCCCUCGAAGCUACGCAUUUCAACCCCCCACCUGGCCAGACUUGUACAUCGUACGCGGGUGACUUCGUCACUUCCAUCGCCAAGGCGGGAUACCUCGUUAACCCGGAUGCCACGGCUGACUGCCAGUACUGUCCGUAUACCGACGGAGAGCAGUAUAUGGCGAAUUUGAAUGUCCAUGUUGGUGACAAGUGGCGCUGUUUUGGAAUCUUCUUGGCUUUUGUUAUUAUCAACUGGGCUUUGGUUUAUUUCUUCAUUUACACGGUUCGGGUUAGAGGCUGGAGCUUUGGAAUUGGCUCGUUGUUUGGUGUUGCUGGUUUGCUGGUUGAUCGUGUUAAGGGAUUGUUUAAGGGGAAGAGUGAGAGUGAUUAA